AUGAACAUGUACAUCGACCCGGAGUUCAAGAAGAAGGAAAUCACGCGCACGAUCUGCAUCUGGUUUGAGAAUGUGAACACACGCUCGGACCUAGACCUCAAGAGGAUGAACGACAUGAACAUAAGCCUGAACGAGAUGAUGGUCAACGUCGACACCACAAUCACGGCCUGCACCUCCUGCGCGAGCGAGCUCAGACUCAGCCUCAUGUCCACGGACGAGAUCAUGAAGAUAGAGAUGGGGUUGUACAAGCUCAUGUCUGACCCCGAGCGUGAUCGAGUACGGGAACAAGGUCAUGAACAGGCUCGCGCUCAUGAGCCCACCACCCACUCCUACUCGUAG